AAUAUAAAAAUCUCAAAAAUCAAUCACGAGGGCAAUCUCUGUAAUUCAGUGAAACAUUUAUGGGCAUUAACGUCAACCCAAAAUAUAAGCCUUCUUAAACUCUCUUCUCUCUCUCUCUCACUGGCGUCUUCGAGUUUCACAGCGAAGUCGUAAAAGGGUUUCAAAAGAUGGACACCAUGAACAGCUUCUGGCAAUUGGGUGAUGAGCUUCGUGGGCACACAAAAGUAUCAGAGGAUGAUCACAAAUGGUUCAUGGUUGCUUCUAAGUUGGCUGAGCAGACAAGGUUAAAGGGGGAGCGCUUGAACAACCUUGAUCUUUCAAAGGGCCCCAUUGAAACAAGGCCAAGGGAAAAAAUGGGGUUCCAGGAGGAGAACAAAUUCGACACUCUUAACUUUAGCAUGUUAAACCUGGAGUCUAGAAUUUCUGAAAAUAUGAGCAAAAGCUCAUUUCGCAAUGGUGUUUACAAUAUGAAUGCAGUGUACCAGAAAAGCAAUGCAAACUUGGUGGGUAACAUCAACAUUAACAAGUAUAAUGGUAAUGUUCAGCUCAACAAGGACUCCAACAACAUCAGCAACAACAACAAUGAAAGCAACAGCUCAAAUGUAGCUGAGAAAAGGUUUAAGACCUUGCCUGCAGCAGAGACACUCCCCCGCAAUGAAGUGCUUGGAGGAUACAUCUUUGUUUGUAACAAUGACACAAUGCAGGAAGACUUGAAGCGCCAGCUGUUUGGUUUGCCUCCAAGGUAUCGAGAUUCUGUCAGGGCAAUUACACCAGGGCUACCUUUAUUUCUAUACAACUAUACUACCCAUCAGCUGCAUGGCAUUUUCGAGGCAGCGAGUUUUGGGGGCUCUAACAUAGAUCCAACUGCAUGGGAGGACAAAAAGUGCAAAGGCGAGUCGAGAUUUCCUGCUCAGGUAAGAAUCCGUGUCAGGACAAUUUGCAAGGCAUUGGAGGAAGAUUCAUUCAGGCCAGUUUUGCAUCAUUAUGAUGGUCCGAAGUUUCGUCUUGAGCUGUCAGUUCCAGAGACCCUGGAUCUUUUGGACCUAUGUGAACAAGCUGGUUCAGUUGCAUAAGCAAACAAUGAAAUGUGCAGAAUGGUAGGUGGAUUUUGGUGUGCCAGCUGUGUGCUUUUGGCAGAUUUUCCAUGAAGCGUAAGCUUGGAAAGUAGUUUGUUUGGCAGAAUAUGUUGUGAGUUUGAGACCCUGCCGAAUAAAUGUUGUGUUGUCCCCUGAAGAUGCUUUGUAGCUGUUGCAUGACAUAUUAUACCAUUUUAUGAUUUAUGUUCAGUCUUACUAUGGAAUCAUAGAGACGACUGUUUGUACUGGUAAAAGAAUUAUGCAUGUCUGUUAAACCAGAAAAGAAAAAAAUGUAAAAGCACUGUAAUGAAGUUAUGUUUUUUUAUAUCCAA